UAAAAGUUCCGGCAGCGUUUUGCAGCAAGAAUGUUCAUUCGUGUACACAAUUUAACAAAGAGUCUAUUUGGGGAUGCUGUAAGUUUGUUUUUUUUACAUUGUAAGGAAAAAUGUUGCACAAUGGAAUAAUUUACACAAUAACAAACAUGUGACACUUGUAGGAAUUAAUAAUCAAGGAUUGUGUAUGGUUUUUUGACUCCUCCUCUUGACUUCUAACAAGGUGUGGCAUUACUUACUGAAAAACCUUAUAUGUAAGAAAGACACCACUACACCACCACUGUUGUGUUGCUCUGAGCCUGUAUUUUUUGCUGACGGAACAAAUACACACUAGGAAUACGUGUGUAAGAUAAUGAAAAACUUGUGUCACCUCAAACUGAAAAAAAUCUUCUUUAUUUUUUUAGCACUUGCACUUCUUAUCUUUUGUUUUGUCACACUUUUAAGUGUAAAUGAAAGAGAAAGACAGACAAUCAGAGUGUUUGUGAGGCCACGCCUGACAGGACAAUAUGAAAUCAACUGCACAGCAGUAUAUGAAAUGGAACCAGUGGAACUGAGUAAAACUUCAGCCAUUCGCAAGGAAAAAAUCUACGUAGGGCCCACCGAUGAGGCUGUUGUGAAUGCCACGUCUGAUUGUGAUCAAUUUCUGUCACAGGGUUAUGAUGUGAUUCAAGGCUCUGAGUUUGAGCGUGAAUUUCCCCUUGCUUAUUCUUUGGUCGUUCACCAAGAUGCGGCUCUUGUGGAGAGGAUGCUAAGAGCCGUUUAUAUGCCGCAUAACAUUUACUGCAUACACUAUGAUCUGAAGUCUUCGGAUGAUUUCAUUUCAGCAAUGAAAGGUCUGGCCCGCUGCAUCCCCAACGUCUUCAUCGCCUCAAAGCUGGAGAGGGUGCAGUACGCAGGCAUCUCACGACUCAAAGCGGAUCUCAAUUGCCUGUCUGACCUCCUAGAUUCUGAGGUCAAGUGGAAGUACGUUAUCAACCUGUGUGGUCAGGACUUUCCACUGCGGACAAACGCUGAGCUGGUGUCAGAUCUAAAAGAGCUGAAAGGCAAGAACAUGGUGGAGAGCAAGUGGCCUGGAGGAAAGCAGUGGCGAUGGACUUAUCAUCAUUUACUGAAAGAUGAAAAUUCAGAGUACUACGGAACACCUUUCACCACUUCUGAAAUAAAAUCUCCACCUCCUCACAACAUAGACAUGUUUGUGGGCAGCGCAUACUUUACACUCUCAAGGGAAUUUGUGGUUUUUGUUAACCAGAGUUCCCAAGCCAGGGAUUUCCUGGCAUGGUCUGAGGACACAUACUCACCUGAUGAACAUUUCUGGGCGUCUUUGAUUCGUGUGCCUGGAGCGCCAGGGGAAGUGCCAAGUUCUGAUCCUGAGAUCUCAGAACUAGUAAGUAAAACCCGACUGGUAAAGUGGUGGUCUUUAGAAGGGACACAUUAUCCACCAUGCACUGGUGUCCAUGUGCGAUUAGUGUGUAUUUAUGGUGCUGCUGAGCUCAGAUGGCUCCUAGACUACGGCCACUGGUUUGCUAAUAAAGUGGAUCCAAAAGUGGAUCCCAUUCUUAUUGAAUGUUUAGAAGAAAAGCUGGAAGAAAAACGGCUGAGUGCGCAGAGUGGAGUAUAAGGAUUCUCAUUCUGGAGAUCACUAAUAAUGGACGGUUGUUGUAUGUUGUAAGUUAUUCUCUGUCGCCCUCUGCUGUGGACUAAAAAAAUGGCGCAGGAGUUGGUUUAUUAAUGCAUUGUUUACAAUAUUUCAUUGCUUUAAGUUAAAGUAAUACUAAUGAAAUGAAGUGUAAUCACGUUUUCAUUCAUUUUGUUGUCAUUUAGCAGAUCUCCAAAUUUUAACUGAAUUUCUCUUCUGCUCACCAAGCCUGCAUUUAUUCAAUCCAGAAUACGGCAAAAGCAGUAAUAUUGUGAAAUAUAAUCAAUAUAAUCAAAAAUAAUCAUUACUCCAGUUUUCAGUGUCACAUGAUCCUUCAAAAAUCAUUCUAAUAUGCUGAUUUGCUGUUCAAGAAACAUUUAUUAUUAUUAUUAUUAUUAUUAUUAUCAAUAUUUAAAACAGUUGAGUACAUUUCUUUAAGGAUUCUUUGAUGAAUGGAAAGAUCCAAAGAAAGAAAAUAUUUUUAUUUAGCAAGGAUGCUUUAGAUUGAUCAGACGUGAUGAUAAAGACAUUUAUAAUGUUACAAAAGAUUUUUAUUUCAGAUAAAUGCUGUUCUUCUGAACUUUAUAUUCAUCAAAAAAUUUCAAUAAAUAAUAAAUGUUUUUGUGAGCAGCAAGUUAGAAUAUUAGGAUGAUUUCUGUAGAAUCAUGUGACUAGAGUAAUGAUGCUAAAAAUUCAGCUUUGAAAUCACAAAAAUAAAUGACAUUUUAAAAUAUAUUCAAAUAGGAAACAUUUAUUUUAAAUAAAGAUUUUUUCUUUUUUUCUGUACUUUGGAUCAAAUAAAUGCAGGCUUGGUGAGCAGAACAGACUUCUUUAAAAAACAUUAAAAAUGUUACUGUUUAAAAACGUUUGACUGGUAGUAUAGUUGUCAUUUAGAACUUUAUUGUCUGUAUGAAAGUACUUUGUAAAUUAUUUAAAAAAUAUUUAUAAUAAUUAUUAUUAGUUGUUAUUAUUUUGACCCACUGUGACAAAAAUGACCAAUAUGGGAUACUUUUAAAAUGUCUGAAUUGUCUAGCAAAAUAAUGGAAUUAUAAAUUAAUUAUCAUGCAUUUAAGUUCAAGCAACGCUAAAGUUAACACAACUGAAAAAGGAAUUGCAAUAAUGUGUGUAAUAUCUAUUCCCCCACUCUAUCAUCUACAUUUAUGUGCAUUGUUUUACCUUCAUGCAGCAUAUCGUGA